AUGUACGGAUUUCGCAAUGCCUACAUUACGUUGCUGGUGGGAUGCAUAUUGGACAAGGUCGCUGUAGGCACGUCAGACACUACGGCGUACGAUACGGCAACGGCAGGUAUCGAUGAGUAUAGUACAGAGCCAUCCACGGACUCACCGUUCAGCGAGGGCUUGAGCACAACUCCUUGGACGGAGUCCACGGAGCGCUCACUCGAAACGGAAUACGGCGACGCCAUUGAGUGGGCCGAUACGAGCGCGUACGAUGUCUACUGCAAACCGGAAUUAUGUCUGCGCUACAAUCGCUUUGGAGAACUGGAGCCCAAGAAGCAUGUAGCCUGUGGGUUCAAUGGUUCGUUCGCGGCCGAGUGUCCACCGGGUCGGAUGAUACUUAAGAUCGAUACGCUGCUACGUAACUACAUCAUACAUCUCCACAACGAGGCACGUGAUCGGCUGGCACGGGGUGACGAGCCAGAAUUUGCUCCCGCCUCUAGAAUGCCAACAGUGACUUGGGACGAUGAGCUGGCGAAUUUGGCGGAGAUUAAUGUGCGCAGCUGUAAGUUCGAGCAUGACGAGUGCCGCAGUACGUAUCAGUUUCUACACGCAGGACAAAAUUUAGCCGUUGGCUCCUAUUACCUUGAGACGGAUAUCUUCGAGAUCAUCAGCAACUUGACCAAGCUCUGGUACAACGAGCGUGUCGACACUGCACAGGAAGUGUUGGAUAAGUACACCACCGACUACAAUGCCACCAUCGGACACUACACGCAGAUGAUCUCGGAUCGGACAACCGCGAUCGGUUGCGGUGUAGUGAUCUACCCACAGAAGAUGGAGGACUUUGUGUUCAAGAUGGUACUUUACGCCUGCAACUACGCGAUUACGAGCAUCGUACAUCAGCCAGUUUAUUUGAAAGGUGAGUCGGCGAGCCGAUGUGUAACGGGCACCAACCCUGAUUAUACCGGUCUUUGUAACUUGGAGGAAAAUCAACUGAUUAAAGCUAUUCCUGCAUACGUUUGA